AUGAGCAGCCUUUCAGCUCAUGUCCCUAAAAGUAUCCUGAAAUGCCGGACGGUGUCGCGUGAAAUAAAUUUUACUUCUGCUGAAAAAAUCGACAAAUUCCGCCUGGAACAACGAGUCCUUCUCAAAGGCAGUGUUAUUGAAGGUACUUUUUUCUUUUGCGUUACAACAAAAUACAGUUCCAAAUUAGCAAUUAAAAACAUGGCGAAAGUGUUGUGGGUAUUGGAUCGAAGAAUUAAUCGCGGUUGAGU